AUGAGAAACUUAGUACUAGUACCACUGAUUUUGCUUGUUCUUGCUGGUUUUCUAUCCAAGGCAAAAGGGUUUAUGCAACCAUUUACAGAUCGUCCUGAUGCACUCUGGGCUGACAUAUUGUCUGAUCGUUUCCUUGAUCCAUUUCGUGCGUUAGAGCAAAUCCCAUUUGGGUUUGGUAAAGAUCAGGCAUCCAUGGCUGUGUCACCUGCACGAGUAGAUUGGAAGGAGACACCAGAGGGACAUGUUAUAAUGAUAGAUGUGCCAGGGUUGACGAAAAAUGAUAUAAAGAUAGAAGUGGAGGGGAAUACAGUGCUGAGAGUGAGUGGAGAAAGGAAGAAGGAGGAGGAGAAGGAAGGGGAUCACUGGCAUAGAGUGGAGAGAUCUUAUGGCAAAUUCUGGAGGCAGUUCAAGUUACCAGACAAUGUAGAUUUUGAUUCUCUCAAGGCUAGGUUAGAGAAUGGAGUGCUUACUCUCACCAUGGCCAAGUUGUCACCUGAAAAGACCAAAGCUUCAAGGGUGGUUAACAUUGCAGGGGAUGAUGAGCGCAAGCAAGAUCUUUGAAUUAUUAAUAAAUGAUAAUAACAAUACUCCCGUGGACUUUUUGUGUGCUAAUAAAUGAUCGAUAAAAAAGGGUAUGUACUCUGAGCAAGGAUUUUGUGGAUAAAAGAGUUCUACAGAGAUCUUUGGUUGUUAUCAUGUAACACUGGUCU